AACUCUCUGCCAACAACGACAAUUUUCAUGAAGUCAUUACGCGGACAAGCAGUUAUCCUUUUGGGUGCCGGGACCCAAGGCACUCGCUUGGCCUAUAUGGCAGCUGUCCUCGAAUCAUGGCUUGUCGUUGAGUGCGUGCCAGAGACACUGUCGCUCAAGCGAUCUGUUAUCAAACAGCUUGACGAUUUAGCCACGUCUCAGAUAAUCGUUGCUUCUAAUUCGAGCAGCUAUGCCAUUACUGAAAUCCUGGGAAGCAUGGAUGUCAAAUCCCCGAUUCGCUUUGCCAGUUUGCAUUCAUAUUGGGCACCGGAAACUCCUGGUAAGGAUACUUAUUUCUAUGGGAUAUACAAUAUACGACAUCUCACGAACAAUUGA